GCUUAUGGGGUCUUCUGGGAAGGCACAAAUUGGAAAAUAGAGAAGGAUAGGUAGAGAAGAUCAGGGAGUGAAUCUUGAGGGGAAAAAAGAGAGGAGAGGAGGAAAUGGAAGGAAAUGGGGGAAUAAUCGGGUUACAAGUUUAAGAUGGGGAACUUUUAUCAGAUGUUACUGAGUAUCACAGUAUGGUACUUGCAAGGGACAUCAGCUCACAGGCUUUGGCUCAAAUCUGACAGAUAUAUUUCUGUUAUUAUGGCUUAUUCUGAUGCAUAUUGGGCAGGAUGUCCCGACAGUUCUCGAUCCACUACUGGUUAUGCUGUUUUUCUUGGAUCCAAUCUCAUCUUUUGGCGGUCUAAAAAGCAGCCAACUGUGUCCAAAUCUUCCACUGAAGCAGAAUACAGGGCCAUUCCAUAUACUGUUCAGGACACACUUUUUAUCAGGUCACUACUAGCUGACAUGGGAAUUUAUAUUUUGGCUUCAAUGCAACUUCAUUGUGAUGACGUCUCCGCCUCAUACUUAGCUGUUAAUCCUAUUCAGCAUGAUCAGAGUAAAAACAUCAAAAUCAAUUAUCAUUUUGUUCGAGAGAGGGUGGCUCAUGGAGAUCUUGUCGUGAAGUAUAUUCCUACUCAGUUGCAAUUAGCUGACAUUUUUACCAAAAAUUUAUCUAGUCAGCGUUUUGAAUUUUUACGUUUCAAUCUGUGCGUUGUAUCCCCUGCACAGAUUGAUGGGGUGUAAUAAUGUAAUUAUAUAAGGAUUACUAUGUAAUAUCCUAAACUGGUUUUAGUAUAAAUAUAACGUCAAGGCACCCAAUAGGGUAAGCCAUUAUUUUCC